AGUCUUCAUCCUUUGGCUACGUCUUCCUCUUUGCUUUGGACUUGUGUGAGCGCCGCCACCAGCCAUGGCUUCCCUGCUCUUCAAGGACAAGAAAGGCGGCGGCGGAGGUGUCAACUUCUCCUGCGUUUCCCCUGCCUCCGCCGCCAUCUGCACCAGCAUCGACCUUCGGUCCACGGUUCAGCCUACCGGCGGCGGCAGCCGAGCCCUCGACCGGCACACGCUCCACCUCCGCGACCCACGCCGGCGGCCCAAGUCCACCGCUGUUGCGUCCGUGUCCCAGGUGCCGUUGAGGUCCAAGACAGUCCGGCUCAAGAGCUCGGAGAGACCGCGCGGCGGCACGGUCAGCGUCCCGGGGUCAGCGCGGUACCUGCUCGGCGGCGACGAGGAGGAGGAGGAGGACGGCGUCACCAUCGACGGCGACGCCUACUUGGAGGAAACAGAGAAGGAUUUGGCUCCCUUGGUGUCGCUAGACCCGCCGACGCUGAGAGCGCUGAUGAGCGAACCGGUUGGAUUUAACGCCUGCUCUGUUUCCGCCGCCGCCGCCGCCGCCGCCACUAAAAGGCAAAACCAGGUUGUGGCGCUGAGAGUGUCAUUGCACUGCAAGGGGUGUGAAGGGAAGGUGAGGAAGCACAUUUCCAAGAUGGCAGGAGUGACAUCAUUCGAGAUCGAUUUCGCGUCCAAGAAGGUGACGGUCGUGGGCGACGUGACGCCACUGGGAGUCCUCAGCAGCAUCUCCAAGGUGAAGCACGCCCAGUUCUGGCCAUCUCCUGCUCCACCAUCGGAUUCCCUGUUACCACAGUAAUUUCAGAGCUCGAUUUCUGUUUUUUUUUUUUUAAAAAAAAAAAAGCAAAAUAUUGCUGAUGACCGUCCAAAAGAAGGAAGAAGAUGAAUUGAUGGAGUAGAACAGGGCUGGACCAAAGGUGAAGGAAGCAGGACGCUGGAUUGUAGGUUAAAAGAAACAAGAAAAAACAGAGGCAGAGUCGGUUUGUUCAGGUUUCAGUCGUUUGUCUAAUCUUGUUGCUUUGGGAGACGAGUGAGUGUGUGCCAAUAUCAAUUUAACUUGUAGUUGCUUCUUUCGAUGAACUUAUAAUCUUUCAAAAUCUGAGUCAGGAUCAGUGUGACGGGUUGAGUUGGCCUGGAGAGGAUCGCAUCGAAACAGGCAAAUAGUAAGGUUGAACGGGUGUAAUGGUUCGUACACUGUGCUAAAUUGAGGACGAUGAGGGCAAGAAAACAGAGCAGACGUUUUGGAUUGUA